AUGAAACGGCAAACGCCUUUUCAUAAUUGGUUCACCAAGGUGCAAGACCUCCAGGGUGCCCAAUUGGCCGCUGCAUGGCGAGUGUCGCUGCCCGUGCAUUUGAUUAGAAGGCAAGACUAUCGUGGCCGCAAGAAAGCUGUCAUGCAAUUCGACUUUCGCCGUUCGUCUUUGGACUACGAGGUUCUGACGGAGCAGCUGAAUGGAUUUCUGAGCUGUUGCCACGAACUCCAGGAGUACGUGCUUUACCUUCGGAGUUUCCCAUGUCGUGCAGCCGCUUUGUGCUCAGCGGAAGCAACAUCGGAAAUUCGGUGUGAAAUCCUCAAGGAUGCAAAGGAAGAGUACGAGAUGAUUCGGGAGAUCGAGGCCACAGCCUCCGGGUCCAGUGUGCUGAAGCAGCAUGCUCUGCACACCACGUUUCAGGUGUACCGGGAGAUAAUGGCAACCAUGCAGCUGCACGACUUCAAGGAUUGCAAGGCAAUACAGGACAUUGUGCAAGCAUGGUACCCUCGCUGGGGCCAGUCUUCCAGUUUGGAACAGGUGUUUCGAGAGAUGGAGCAAGCUACGAAGCGGGUAGGUCAUGUGGGAAAUUCGAUGUCGAACCUCACAUGUGUGGCUGUGCGGGCAAUGGAAAGGAGGGUUUGCUGUGGCGAAGAGUGUCCUCAGACGCCGUCUUUGUGCGAAAAGGACUGGGAAGGUCAGGUUGUCCGUCUCAAAGAGGUUUCUUGGAAGUUUGCUGGCAAGCUGAUGCCUGAGAAGCCGGACGAGAGACGGAUGCCAAGGCAGAUGAAAGAGUGCAAAGAUCCCUUCCACGAGCAGACAGACUGCACGCAUGCUCUUGUGAUGGAUAGUGGGAACAUGUUCCAGCACGUGCGGUGUGGACUUCGCGAUGUUGAGAUCUUUGAGUACACAGUCCACGUGAGCCCGGCUUCGAUGGAAAGCAAGUGUGGUGGGAUUCUUCUUCGCAGAGGGCCCCAAGCAUAUUCGCUGCUGGUGCACCUUUUCAUUUCAGGGAGCAUCAUGAACAUUACUUCGGCUGCUUUGUCCGAAAUCCUGAUUGAUUACGAAUGCCGCAUGCCGAAGAACAGCAGCAAGCAUGCAAAGAUCAGGAAGCUGAUGACAUUGGCCGAUGUCAAAGAAUCCCUGAGUGAUGAGGGGGUGGCGCAAAUGGAGGCGAAGCUGCAAGAGAUCGAAAAGAAUCGCUCAGCAAAAAAGAAGGAGAAAGAGCAGGAAACCGAUGAUGUCAUGAUGCAUGACCAAGAGGCCGAAGAGGAAGACCCUGCUGUGGCUGCUUGCGACCAGCUCCUCGCAGAGCUGGAGAAGGAGGAAGAGGACGAAGAAGAGAUGGAGGAGGAGAAGGACGAAGCUGCUGAUCCACGGCGGAGUUCAGUUCUGUAA